AUGUUCAAACUACAAUAUAAUACCAGAGUGUGCUUUUUCCGCCACUUGAAAUUCAGUAUCGGUUACACGAUAGAAACAAAAUACCCGAGUACAAGUCGUGCCGCUUCUAAAUCUGUAGUAGUUGAUGGUAAAUCAUACAAUGAAGACGAAUAUACGAAUGUCACGCCCAAAAUAUUAUCGUUUAUCGGUACUAACAAUCACAACCGUUGUGGCCACCCUCUCAACUUGUUCAAACAGCGUCUUGUCGAUUUUUUCUACGAUCAUUUCAAAGGACGAACGGGUAAUCCGAUUUUUUCUAUCUACGACAAAAUCAAUCCAGUCGUGACGACUAAUGAAAAUUUUGACUCUCUACUUGUGCCCAAAGAUCACCCAAGUAGAAACAAAACCGAUAGUUAUUAUUUGAACAAGACUCACAUGCUUCGUGCCCACUGUACUGCCCACCAGUCCGAAUUGAUAAAAAUGGGUUUGGACAAUUUUGUAGUAUUCGGUGAUGUGUACAGGAGAGAUGAAAUCGACGCCACUCACUAUCCUGUAUUUCAUCAGGCUGACGGUGUGCAUAUAUUUACACCAAAUGAAUUAGAAUUAAUCUACGGAACUAAUGUUAAUGUAUUUGAUAACGACAAAAACAAUUCUAACGAUGAAAAGCAAGGGGUUUAUUCGAAAGAAGCCAAUAAAAUUGUUACUGAUCACUUGAAAAAAACAUUGGUUACGAUGAUUAAAAAAGUAUUUGGCGAAGAAAUUGAAUACCGAUGGGUAUCAGAGUAUUUUCCAUUUACACAUCCGUCAUUUGAAUUAGAAAUUAACUACAAUGGUCAAUGGAUUGAAGCUUUAGGAUGCGGUGUUAUUCGACAUGAAAUACUAAAAAAUGCCGGUGCUGGCAACCGAAUUGGUUGGGCAUUUGGUCUUGGAUUAGAACGACUAGCAAUGCCAUUUUAUUCUAUACCAGACAUACGUUUAUUCUGGUCCAAAGAUUCAGGAUUUCUCAACCAGUUUCAAAACCUACCCAAAGAUGGACGAAUGAAAUAUAAACCAAUCAGCAUAUACCCUCAAUGCAUUAAUGAUAUUAGUUUUUGGUUGCCCAAGGAAAAACCAUUCUGCUCCAAUGAUUUCUAUGAACUUGUUUCAAACUAUGGUGGUCAGCUAGUUGAACAAGUAAAACUAAUAGACCAAUUUAAACAUCCAAAAACUGGAAAUGUAAGCCAUUGUUAUCGCAUAGUUUAUAGACAUUUAGAAAAAACAUUGAGUCAAGCAGAAGUAAAUGAAGUACACAAACUGAUUGAAAUAAAUGCUACACAAAUUUUAGGCGUAAAACUAAGAUAG